AUGGGUAUUGCUGCGAAGUUCUCGCCAAGGAGAGCACUCCGAUACUUUCGGAUUUUUCAUGGGGUUUACGAUGAGUUUUGGGACAAGACCCGUUCUAAUCGGUGGCCGGAUUGGCCCAGGAAGACGAAGAGUCGCGGGCGAGUUGAAGGGACUUCGCGCCCGCUUUUCCUGCUACUGGAGCGGCGGCUGGCAACAGGGAGGGUCCUUGGAGGCUCGCAGGCGAGCUGGGGAGGGAGGGGUGGCGAUGGGGCAGCAAGGGGAGGAGAGAGGAGAGAGGAGAGAGAAAAUGGAGAGGGAAGAGAGGCAGUUGGGAUGCGCGAGGAAGAAGAGGAGAAAAGGAAGAGGGUUGAUCUAAUUCAACCGGUCCGAUUCAAUUCAGGAGACGUAAUAGAGUUUACUGCUGAGGAAUUAAAAGGUUACAUCAGAGAAGGAAAAAUUGUUGGGAGAGGAGCAUUUGGUCCAGUUUACAAAGGGAUCAUCAAGGGAAGGCAAGAGAGAAAUAUUAACGGCGAACAUGUAGCCAUCAAAUUCUCCCGCAACAAAUGUGAAAGCGCAAGCACCCAGUGGCGAGCUGAAAAGGAUUAUCUACCAGAAGUAAAGCAUCAAAACAUCAUCAAGCUGAUAGGCUACUGUGAAAGUGAAGAAAGGUUCUACCUUGUGUAUCCAUUCAUGCAAAAUGGGACUGCCUUGAGUCAGUUAUCAGGCCUGGAUUGGCACAAAACCCUUAAAAUUAUCAAAGGAGUUGCGAGUGCCAUACAGAAGUUACAAGGGUUUACACCUGCACUUGUCCGCAGGGAUAUAAAGCUGGACAAUAUUCUGCUUGAUCAGGUCAAUUAA